GCAGUGAUCAGUGACGUUUGAUAUAUUAAUAAUCUUACAAUUUAUUCUGUAAUAUAAAUAUCAAUAUAUGUAUUUAUCCAUCUCUCAUUAGUGUUUCACACAUUAUUAAACAUGGACUGUAAAGCUGGACUUCUGGUGUACAUCACCCUCCUUGUUGGAAGUUUUGCUCUGCCAACGCCCGAAGAUGACAUGUCCAUUUUCUUCGACCACACUGACGCCAGCGCUCGUAUCGUCGGUGGCAAUGAGGCAGCUAUCGGUAGCCACCCUCACAUGGUGGCUCUUUUCGUGGGAGUGAACGUGAAAAAUUUCAUCUGCGGAGGAUCAUUAAUCACACAACGUUCUGUACUCACUGCUGCUCAUUGUGUUGACAAUGUUUACGGCAUCAACUCGCUCAUACGGUCCGCGAGGGUGGCUGUCGGCUCGACCCGCUGGGACCGCGGUGACGAUUACGCUCUGCUCCGUAACGUGACUCACCCUGGCUACGACCGCUGGACAGUCAAGAACGACAUCUGUGUCCUCAUCACUUCCACCGACGUGGUGCUCAGUAGCCUGGUGCAGCCUGUGGCCCUCACCUAUGACUACAUUGAUGAAGGAUUGCCGGCUAUAGUGGCUGGAUGGGGCGCUACCAGGGCUAAUGCGUACACUAUGUCUGAAAUCUUGUUGGAACUGUCGAUGACCACCAUUGGAAGCGAAGACUGUGUGGCUCGCGUGUCUGAAGCUGCUACACAAGAGGGGUACCCGUUAUUUACUGACCCCGGAAUCGAAGUCUGCACCUUACAUUCUCCUGGGUUUGGAGUUUGCAAUGGUGACUCCGGCAGUGCUCUGCGUCGUGUUGACAACGGCCAACAGUUCGGUAUCGUGUCCUGGGGCUUCCUAUGUGCUCGCGGGCACCCUGAUGUCUUCGUCAGGAUCAGCGCUUACGAGAGCUGGUUGAAAUCCGUGAUUGUUUAAACAACUUCAAUGAUGGACUUGAAUGAUCAAGCACCAAAGAGCUGUGAAAUCUGUCAUGUCAUACACAAUUAUUAUGUAUAUCAAUUAGAAUAUUAUGCAAAAUACAAACUUAUAAGAUAA